GAGGGAUAACGGGUUUUAGGAGAGUUUAGAAAGAUCGCGCUGACAUACAUUAGAGAAUGCUAGGGACGACGCUGCUGCGCGCGAUGUGUAGUCAGUCGUGGUAGCGCAGGGCUAUUGUGACACUUGGAUCGCUUUCGUAGACAACAUGUCGACAGUGUAGAACAUUGUCACAUUUAUCAAAAGUAUUUUAUAUAGGCUUCCUUCAUAAUAUAGUCAGAUAUCUUUUUUUGUUUGCUAUUAUUCGGAUACGGUAUUGAGCAACAAGUGGAGUUUGGCGUGGAGAGUUUGCGCUCCAGCCAAAAGUGUACCAGUUAUGGAAGAGCGAAUUGAUCAAAACAGCCGUGAUUCGACUGAGGGCGAGAGCGUGUCCCUCUCCCCGAAUCUACCAUCUCCUCCCAUUUUGCCCCACCAGGCAGCACAGCAAGUACAUAGAACCACAAACUUUUUUAUUGACAAUAUUCUGCGGCCAGACUUCGGCUGCAAGAAGGAGCUUGGGAGUCGGGAGCGGGCGCAGACCUCCGGCAGAGAAAACGUCAACCCUUUGGUCAUCAGGCCAUCUCACGCGAGCAGCCUUUGCCAGGAUUCCAACUGCAGUAGUGACAGUACUUCUUCUUCGUCGUCCUCGCCGUCCUCGAAACAGAGCUCGACAAAACAAGGUGAAGGGAAUGGGACUACCACAACGAGAUAUGGAGACACCGCGUCAAUAGUGGUUGUGAAUGCCAGUAAUGGAGGAUCUCCACCCGCUAAAGAAUCUACGCCGAUGUUAUGGCCUGCGUGGGUUUACUGCACGAGAUAUUCGGAUCGACCAUCAUCUGUUUCUACAUCAGGCCCAAGGACACGGAAAUUGAAAAAGAAGAAAAAUGAGAAAGAAGACAAGCGACCCAGAACCGCGUUUACGGCUGAACAGCUGCAGAGACUUAAGUCCGAGUUUCAGGCAAAUCGCUACAUAACAGAACAACGGAGACAGUCACUGGCCACAGAACUGAAUCUCAAUGAAUCCCAAAUAAAAAUUUGGUUUCAGAAUAAGAGAGCAAAAAUCAAAAAGGGGAACGGCUACAAGAACGGCCUGGCUCUCCAACUCAUGGCCCAAGGACUGUACAACCAUUCCACAACCACGGUCCAAGAGGAGAAGGAUGAUAGCGAGUAAAUUCCCCCCUCGUGCAGGGCAAAAUAGAGGCUGAACUAAAGCAGAGUGCUUGAACUCUUUUGUGAACUGAAAAAGAAAGAGGUAAAUACGAUUUGACUGGGACAGAUUCUAUUUAAAACCGAUUUCUGUUUAUGAUACAGUAUAUGGACAUCAUUAUAUAAAAUACGAACAUUAUUAAAGUUUAUAUAUAGCCAAAACAAUAUGACGUUGUAUAUAUUUAAUUUCAGGUAAGGUUAUGUCUGUAUCAAUCCCUACUUGCUGGAGAUUUAAAGUUUUCUUUUUCUUAUGAUGUUGUUGGCCAUUGUUUUAGUAUAAGUGUCUGACUCCUAGAUUUUUUUGUGUGAUUUCUGUCGCCCCUCUCCCCAAUCUCUCACAAUUCUGCAGAUUGCGUUUCUGAACCGACGCGCCAAGCCAAAGAUUUUAAUAUGUUCAGAGAAUAUGUAGUCUGAAAUAAAUAAAAAAAUGUAGAAUGUU